ACACAAUCCAGGUUGAAGCAAAUUAAGCCUUUUGCAUUUUCACUUUUCAAUUUCGGUGACCUAUCAUGGCCUUCAUGCUUCCAAAGUUCAUCGCCAUAAAAACAACUAGUUAUCCUGAUAGAGGACAUUUUUACUACAACGAAAGACAAAGUUCGGUAAAUCUUGGGGAGGGGAAUGUGUCUAGCACACUCGUGAAGAUCGAAGUCGAACGAGCAACAAGCAACACUAACUACGUUCACCUCCGAUUCAGUAAUUCCAAAAGGUAUUGGUCGCUGAGAGCGAACAACAACGUCAUUGUUGCUGAAUCGAACCAGCCCGUGGAAGACACAAGAGAGCCUUCAUGCACAUUGUUCCAGCCGAUUCACGCGGCUGGUGAGGCGGCAGGUGUUUUUUACUUGAUUCACGUUCCAACUGGUGGGCGUCUGUUGGUAGAUAACACGAACUGGGGCGUUUACGUGGAGGUAAACGCCCCAGAUUCAUACGGCCAUCUAGCUUAUGUGGAUUUGAGUACAUUGGGGAUCGUGGCCUUCAUGCUUCCAAAGUUCAUCGCUAUUAAAACAACUAGUUAUCCUGAUAGAGGGCAUUUAUACUACAACGAAAGACAAAGUUCAGUAAAUCUUGGGGAGGAAAAUGUGUCUAGCACACUCGUGAAGAUUGAAGUUGAACGAGCAACAAGCAACACUAACUAUGUUCACCUCCGAUUUAGUAAUUCUAACAGGUAUUGGUCGCUUAGAGCGAAUAGCAAUGUCAUCGUUGCUGAAUCGAAGCAGCCCGUGGAAGACACAACAAAUCCUUCUUGCACAUUGUUCCAACUGGUUCAGGCGGCUGGUGAGGUAGCAGGUGUUUUUUACUUGAAUCAUGUUCCGACUGGUGGGCGUCUGUUGGUAGAUAACAAGAACUGGGGUGUUUACGUGGAGGUCAACGCCCCAGAUUCGUACGGUCUUCUAACUUAUGUUGAUUGGAGUACAUUGGGGAUCGUGGGCUUCAUGCUUCCAAAGUUCAUUGCUAUUAAAACAACUAGCUAUCCUGAUAGAGGGCAUUUAUACUACAAUGGAAGACAAAGUUCAGUAAAUCUUGGGGAGGGGAAUGUGUUUAGCACACGCGUGAAGAUCGAAGUCGAACGAGCAACAAGCAACACUAACUACGUUCACCUCCGAUUCAGUAAUUCCAACAGGUAUUGGUCGCUUAGAGCCAACAGCAACGUCAUCGUUGCUGAAUCGAACCAGCCCGUGGAAGACACAAGAGAGCCUUCAUGCACGUUGUUCCAGCCGGUGCAGGCGGCUGGUGAGGCGGCAGGUGUUUUUUACUUGAAACACGUUCCGACUGGUGGGCGUCUGUUGGUAGAUAACACGAACUGGGGCGUUUACGUCGAGGUAAAUGCCCCAGAUUCGUACGGUCAUCUAACUUAUGUGGAUUGGAGUACAUUGUACUGACUGCAUGUUACGAACACGACGGCCACACCGGCAGCGCCUUCAACGGUAAUGGCGGAGAACAACUCCACGCCAACAACAGAGGAGGAAGAGUCGGGUGAAGAGUCAUUGAGAUCCGGACACGAGGAGGAAACGUCACCAAAUAGGCGCGUAAUUCAUGAGUCAUGUUUUUUCUCUUUUAUUGUAUGUUUUCAUGAUUUGGAAUACUUGUUUUUAUUUAAUUUUGAACAAUAUUUGAGUCGAGCAUUUUAUAAGAUCCG